CAAAACAGAGGAACGUAUGAGGUGUUUGAAAAGAAAAGCUUGUGAUGAGGUAGUCCAAAUGGGACGUCAUUCCUCCUCCAUCUUUCCUUCCAACUUCCUACCCAUCUUCUGAUACUUAUUAUUCUUUCACUUUUCUUAAUGGGUGAUUCAACUCCAAAUUAAACCCUAAUUUCUGGUUUUUCUCCCCAUUUCUCCAAUUUUUCCAUUCCUUUUCAACCCUAUUUUCAACGCAAUUCUCACAACUGCUUCCCAUCAUUUGCCCCGAUUUUCUGUAUAUUAUUCUUUGUAAUUUGGCGCUGCUUUUUACACCAGAUCGUUUAUUUAUUUGCUCGAUUUCAUUUCCGUUUUUUGAAGUUUCGAAAUCGGUGAUCUACUCUGAAUUUUUACAAAUCUGUCGAAUACUACUUUCAAGGUUGUGAGCAAUGGCUGGGGAUUCUGAUGAGAAUGUAGGUACUGUUGCUGAGACUUCAUCAAUGGAUGCCGUUGUUGAAGAGAAUACCAAAGAUGAUAAGAAAUCAAAGAAAGGAUCGAAGAAAAAGAAGGGUUUUUUCUCUAGAAUCUGGAAUGGAUUGUUUGGGUCUCGAAAUGAUGAUUAUGAGCGGAGAUUGGAGAGAAUUUCUAAGGAAGAAAAGGCUAUUAUUAAUAAAAUGAGGAAGAGAGCUCAAAGGUGGGGAAGUAUGAAACGGCAUAUUAUUAUUUUUUCUAUUCUCAUGGAGCUUGUUGCUGUGGCAUAUGCUAUCAUGACAGCAAGGGCAGCGGAAAAUUGGAAAAUUCGUGCUUUUCGUGUUCUGCCAAUGUUUCUGUUGCCUGCUUUGUCUUCUAUUACGUAUUCAGCAUUGUCAAGCUUCAUAAAUAUGCGUGAACGUAAGGAUAAAAAAGCCUUGGAGAAGCUUCAGGCUGAAAGGCAAUCAAAAAUUGAUGAGCUUAAAGAGAGGAACAAUUUCUAUUUGACACAGCAGCUUAUUCAGCAAUAUGACACAGAUCCUGCAGCUAAAGCAGCAGCAGCUGCCUUCCUGGCCUCCAAAUACACUGAAGGAUCAGGUUUGAGACUCUUUCUUGAAGAGGAGCUUAAAGCCGACGCUGGAAAAAGCAAUGAUGUUGAAUUGGUCCCAUCCAGCGGCCUUAGAAACAGGAAACAGCCUCAAGGAAGAGCCACUAGCCCAGGAGGCACAGUCAUUCAGCAUUCAACCGAAGCAUCUCAACAUGCAAGCAAUGAAUUUACCCAGCAAAAUCAGCAGCUUUUUGUUGAUCACUUUCAAGGUCAAGGGGCCAAUGCAUAUAACAGUGGAUGGUUGUCUCGGCUUGCCGCAUUACUUGUCGGUGAGGAUCCAACCCAAUGUUAUGCUCUUAUAUGCGGUAAUUGCCAUAUGCACAAUGGACUUGCAAGCAAAGAAGAUUUCCCCUAUGUAACCUAUAUAUGUCCACAUUGCCAUGCCGUCAAUGGGCCUAGAAUCCAGCAAGAUCGUGCUUCUGGUAUCGAUAAUCCCAACAUGGGCCCUGCAGUUUCAGUAGAACAGGGAAAAACUACAAACAGUGUUGAUUCUCCACGUGAAAAUGCUGUUGGUACCGGCAGUUUGGAUAAUGAUUCUGUAUCUGCUCCGGCUGAAGCUAUUGCGAAGAAUGAAGGUAAUGAAAGUUGAAGGGGAAAAAAAGGGUGUUUAAGACAUGAGCAAACAGUUGAAUGUUAUGAAAGAGGACAUUUCAAAUCGAUUUGGUUUUCCAAAUGCAAUGGCUGCUGGGGUUUUUGUGAAAGCUAAUUGUGGUUAUAAUACUCGUAAACAUACUAAAAGUGACUGUUGUUAAUGACUGCAAUUGAGGUUUACUUGGCUAGCCACUAGUAUAAUAUUGAGGCAAAUGAAUGGAAGUUUAAGUACACUAAAGAGGCUUGUUACUGUACUUUUUAAAGAGGGAUUUUCUAUACUACAUUUGUUGUAAUCUUACAGUUCAGAGAAGCUUCUUUUAUAUGACUCAUUCAUUUUUAAGAUUAAGAGUUCGUUUGUUUGCACAAAA